AGAGAUGAAGAAACAAAGCCACAUGGUGGGGGGGGGCUUGAUGUUCCUGGAUGAAAUUUUGUGCAAUCAAUGGGAAGGCAUAAGCAUGUGAUUCCUUGAUUUCUCAAUAGCAGAGGGGAUUACUCUUCACCACUCAUUUCAUGUACCUAAUGGCUAGCUCUCAUCUAUAUAUACAUACAUGAUCAAGUUUUUAAUCAUCAACACAAGUCUUCUUUCCCAAGUAUCAAAUUAAGCUUUGUUUCUUUUCAGAAGUCUUUCCACUUCAUUCUACCUGAAAGAUACAGACAUGGGUUUUCGGUUACCAGCAAUCACUAGUGCCAAGAAAAGUCUUUCCAGAUCUCUAUCUGGUUCAAAGACAUUAGAUAUCCCUAAAGGCUACUUUGCAGUGUAUGUUGGAGAGAGCCAGAAGAAACGAUUUGUGGUUCCAAUAUCAUACUUGAACCAUCCUUCAUUCCAAGAUUUGUUGAGGCAAGCAGAAGAAGAAUUUGGAUUUGAUCAUCCCAUGGGCGGUAUCACCAUCCCUUGCAGCGAGCACACCUUUGUUGAACUCACUUCAAGCUUAAGUGAAUGAAAUGAAGUGAAUCUGAGGUGCAACUUCAUCUCAAAAUUGAUCAUCCUCAAAUGAAGAUGAGGGUCGGCCGGCCUGAAACAACUCACAUAAUGUUGUUUGUGAGGGUCUCAAUGAACUGAGCUGAUCAAGAUGCAAAUUUCUACAAGCAGAAAACCAGCAUAUCACAUGGCUAUUGCCAACAUGAGGACUCUGAUUUUUGAAAUCAAAUGAAGCAAGAAGGCCAAUUUGUCUUUCCACUCUUGUAAACUUCUUUAUUUUUUGUUAAUAAAUUAAAAUCUUGGAAU